GCAGCUGGCUUUCGAGAAUUCAGUAUUAAGUCGAAGCUGCUCGCGUUCGGUGCUCGCGAGCUGGAGCCACCCGACGACCUACAGACCCCCGCCGCUCGAACCACCCAUCCCCCAUAAAACGAAGCGACCGGCACGGCCUGCCACUAUCAAUAAACAAACAAAGAAGAAAAUAUCCUUGAGAUGAGCAGCAAAGUAACCUUCGCCUUUGACAACAACCCCCUGGGGGUGUACCAGUCGGGUCAGGUCAUCUCUGGGACCGCGGAACUGGUUACGGAGCGUCCGAAAACCAUUCGAUCGAUCUUUAUAACCAUAAACGGCUAUGGGGAGACGCGCUGGCAGGAGAGCGAGGAGCGGGUGGGCGAGGACGGAAAGACCACCAAGACACUGGUGACCCAUACCACCACGAAAGUCUAUUACAGCACAGACCAGUACGUUUACGGCCAGAACGGUGGGUCCCAGCUGGAGCUGCCCACGGGAAAGUAUGUAUUCCCCUUCCGGGCCACCAUCCCGCCUGAUGCGCCCACCUCCUUCAAUGGCGCCCACGGGCAGAUCAAGCACGAGGUCACCCUGACCGUAGAUCGUUCCGUCCGCUACAACAACACCUUCAAACAGUGCUUCUCUGUGAUCCUGCCCCACGAUCUGAACAAGCGCCAUGAGUACACGGAACCCUUGAAGCGCCUAGAGUCAAAAAGCUUUUGGUGGGGCUCGAUCUUUGGAGCCAACAAGCCGAUGGUCAUGGACGUGAGUACCACUUAUUCAGGCUACGUGCCUGGCCAGAAGAUCCACUUCCAUUUGGUGCUGGACAAUCAGUCGGAUGUGCAAUGUAUGGAUGUUAAGGUACGCCUGCUUAAGAAUGUCUCAUAUCGUGCCAACUCCUCCGGAGUCAAGGAGCAGCUCAAGGUCACCGAAUCGAGGGUGGCGGACAAACAUUGUGGAGAGGUGCUGAAGCACAACAAGGCUCAGUUCAAUGAGUUUCUUGUGGUGCCACCGACCACGCCCACUACCCAAAGUGAAAAGGACCCCAUCCGGGUUAGCUACACCCUCCGCUUUAUUGCCAAGACCUUCAAGCUGCACGGUGGAGGAGAUCUGGUGGUGGACUUUCCGCUAACCAUUGGCACCGUACCGCUGUUGGGUAGCGCCGGCGAUAAGGGACCCGGCCAGGCGGACAAGUCCCAGUCCAAUGGGAGCUUCUACCCAGGUUCCCCCAUCUUCCAAGAAGACGUUAGUGACGAGCCAUUUGAGUCCAAUACAUUUAAGCCUCGGUAUCCCGUCUACCCAUUUGACAAUAAGCCUGGAUCCGGUACUAAUGGAGCCAACGGAGGAGCCAGUGCGCCUAGUUUGUAUCCCAAGGCGGAGGACACACCACCUGCGCCACCUGUCCACUUUUCGCCGAAUCCAGUGCCGCAGGCCGUACACAAAUCUCCACCAUAUCCGACCAAUCCACCUGCUGCUGCUGCUGCUUCUGCUCCAAGCGGCAAUUUCGAGGUUCUUGGUUUUAGCAUUCCACCAGACUAUAAGCCCACUCCCAGUGCACCAGCUGGAGCUCCCACGGGCGGUAUUGGCUGGAAAUAGGAUCCAUCACACAUCAAGCCGCAGUUUGAAUAAAAUUAAAAGCGCGCCUGAGGGGCAUGUAAAAGCCGGAAUAUUUAAAAGAUGAAAACUGAAUUUAUUAAAAGUCAGUCAAAAUUUAAUAUAUUUUUCAGCUUUAAAGAUGAAAAUAUAUUCAAAUAUUUUAGGCAUACAUGAGUUAUGUGGAUCCAGGGAUUUCAAUUUAUUUCGAAUAUUAUAUUUUAGAAUAUUAUUAUUUUUAA